AUGCUUUCCUUUUUACGUGGUUCCCGAAGCACCGAUAAAGCUGGUGGAGGCGGUGAGGCCGGGGAUUCCGGUGAGCUGGGUUUGGCGUGGAUCCGCAAAACCCUUGAGGCUGAGGCGAAACUCCAAAAAGCGAAUGAGAUCAUCACCAACGCCAAUAUCCAAAUAUGCCCGGCAAUCUUCGGCAACGAUUUUUACCCUCCUGUGUACGAGCCUUCGGGGGAGGAGGCCCUACGAUCACGCCUAGAAAAAGAGGCACUCGAUGCAGUCGAACGGGCUACACAGAUCUUCGAUGACACGGACGGAUGGUCGCCAUAUGGCUGCACAGACGGCGUGCAGAUUUACCAGAAGAAGCUGGAUAAAUCCCUUCCAGUUGUUCUUAAAGGAGAGUACACCUUUGUAACGGCUGAAGAGGCUGCGACUUUAACAAAUACCAUCACUAUUGAUGAUAUUUUCCAGUUCUUGAGGAAUACAGAAAACCGGGGUAUUUACGACGGCAUGUUUCGAGAUGGCACUAUCCUCCGCCGGCACAACGCGAGCGUCCUAUCAUAUCAAGUCUUCAAUGGAAUGAUGGGGCUGCCUGGAAGAGAAUUCAUAAUUAAUGGCUUCGAUCGUCACUUCGAAAGCGGCAACCGCAUCAUCAUUGCAGGUGCUACUCCUUCGGAAGAAGCUCUCGAUGCAGACACUUUGUGCAAGUUGGGCAUACCGAGGAAAAGCAGUGGUCUAAUCCGUGCACAUUGCUAUAUUGUUGGCUAUGACAUCACAAAAAAUCCAGACGGCUCCGUUAAGGUCGCCGCAAUCAGUCAGCCAGAGCUUGGAGGCAUGAUCCCUCAGAUGAUCCAAAAGAUGGUUGUCACGAAUCACGUCGUGACUCUGAGCAAAAUUCAGCGCUGGAUCAAAGAGAAUAAGUCGCUCAACAACAAAGCUAUACCUCCUCCUGAGAUAUUCGUUAGCCACAAUUGUUACCUUCCAGUCGAAAAUAUCACUGAGUACUACCAACAAGCUAUCGCAUCAGCAACAGAACAAUAG